AUGACCAUUUGGUUUGGCCCCGACGUGGGGCCGGGUUCCGUGUGCGUUGGUCCUGUGCGCAUCGAGAAAUGGCGCAAGCAACCGCUGCGCAGCUUACUUUUUGGCGCCUCGAAAGAUGAGAAGACUGAGGUGUGUCCAGGCUUGUUGGCUGCCCUUGGUGUGUCCAAGGGUAUGCCACAAGCACAGAGCGAUGUCAGCAUGUUCUGCGCGGGCGUCCGGCUGACUGACACCAACAGCAGCCGCAACUGGCGUUGCUUCUGCGAUGUGCGCGUGAUGCUGCUGGGGGACCGCCGUGAGCUGUCGCGCACGGUGCGCUGGGUGCUGACGCCUGAUGCCAGCGAGAUGUUUUUUCCUUUGAUGCAGCUCUCUGAUGCGGAUCGCUUUGUGACCAGUAGCGGCGCUUUGCGAGUCAAAGCAGAUUUGUUGUUCCACUUCUACGUAUUGAAGGACCCCUGUCCUGGCUACUUUGAAUCUGGCGCCCAAGACACUACCCUCAGGGCCUUGAUGUAUGCCUGGUGUCUGGCCGGCCCCAGCUGUAUAGCCACUGCCAGCGCCGGCGCGGUGUCGGUCUACCGUGACCCCAAGAUGCAGCAGCCCUGCAGGCAGCGGAGAACAGAACUGGAGCCCUGGAUGCGGCCGGGGUUGCUGACGCACAGCACGGCCAGAAGUUGGGAGGUAGCUGGGAUGAAGCUCCAGGAGUUGAUCCCAGGGCUGCUGAUUGGUGCCGGAGAGGUCCCAGCGCCGGCUGAGUUAUCGGAGAUGGGGAUUGGGCGCAUCCUGCAGCUGCAGUGGGUGGACUAUGCUGGGCCUGAAGGGCCGGAAGGGGAGGCUGAAGCCGAGCCUGAAGUUGAAGAAGUUGAAGCCGUUGAAUCUGUUGAACCUCGAGAAAAUGGCGAGGUGCAAGUUGUCUUGCUGGAAUGGAAGGAUGGAGAGUGGCUUCAAGGAGCUUCCUCCAGCGCUCCGACGUUGGACGCCUUGGUGUCCACGGCCUACGAGUGGUGGGCUGAUGGCGCUGCGAUGCUGCUGCCAAAGACUCUGCGGGAGGUGCCACGCUGUACCCAACUGGCGGUGCACUUGGUGGCGCGGAGCUUUCAGAUGUCGCUGGCAGACUCGAGGAGAUAUGUUGGAUACCACUGGCCCCACCCUGCCUGGCCUGACGAUGCUGUGGAGGUGCUGCACCCCACGGCAGAGGCCGCAUCCAAGGUGCUAUUGGAGGCAUGCGAAGCUCAUGAGAAUGGAGAAAAUCAGAGAGAGGUGGCCAGCCGUUUCGCCACCUGGUUUGCCACCUGCUGUGGCCAUGGCCCGUCUCUGGCCGCGGUUCGCGCCUGGCACCGCCCCGCAGUGCCGGCCGUUCACGUCGGGGCCGCUGCGCAUGCUGCGCAUGCGCCGGUGCCGUGGUAUGGCUGGCAGCCGGGGAUCCCGGGGCAGCUGCUGGUGGUGCAGGAGAGCGGCUGGGGAGCUGUGCCCGAAAUCUUCAAGUCAUAUCUCUGUGCCCGGGAAUUGGAUCCAAAGGAGGUGGAACCACUGGGGAGUUUGGUCACCUUGCAGUUUACCAGCAUCUUGCCGCAAGAUGAGGUGCUAGCAGUGCCACACAGCUUUGAACUGGCUGAUGUCCAGUGGCAUUUGGUCGCUUUGAUCUGCUUGGAACAUCCUUUCGAUCCCAACUCCUGCAGUUCUGUGACCUGCGGCCUGCAGUCCAUGCCGCCCCUGCGAAGGGUGGCGUUUCUCCAUGGGCAAAAUUCCAAGGAGUGGUUGGUGGAGGAAGGAGCUUUGCUGGAAUUGAGGAGGCGGAAGUUGCCCACCGCUGGUGCAGCACCCAACUCCUGGUGCUGCGUACGCGACCUGUCACCGGAGCUGGUGGUCUACAUGCGGGGCGCCCCCCAGGGGCGUCCGCUGCCCACAGCCAUCAGGGCGGAUGGCAUCCCUGGGGCGCCUCAUGCGGAUUUCAAGGUGUUGGAGGUGAGAAUCGUGACCGAAAAGGCUCUCCAAAAGACCCGGGGCAACUUUGAAGGUGGCUCUGCAGUCUCCGCUUCAGCAGUGCUUAAACUUACAGCCAGUUCCACCCUGGAAGAUUUGAAGCAACGGAUCCAUCAAUCGCUUCGCAUUCCUCCGGAACGCCAGUUGUUACUACAGCUUCCAGAUGUGAGUCUGAGUGGCUUUACCAGCUGGCUGGUGCCGGUUCGCUCCCCCUUGGCCAGUUUGUUGCCACAUGCCCAGUUGAGGGGAACGGAGAUGAUUCCAACUGUGCUGCUGAUGUUUCUGUCCAAUGAUGCAGAUCUGGAAUCGCUGCCCUCUAUGCUGCAGUGGCCAAUAGAACCGGAAGCUGAAGCAGGGGUGCCACGGCAGUUGCCUCCCAUGAUGCCUUUGUUGUGUAAAUAUUUCAACGCAGAAACCAUGACCUACUGCGUCCUGGGUGUGUUGAUGGUGGCCCCGGAGCACACCUUGCUGCAGCACCUGGUCUGGCUGCGGAAACGCAUCGCGGUGGGUGGCUUCGAAGUCAAGGGAGCACUGGCGUGUUCUGCAAGUUUGGGCCCUGGGCAGGAUGCUGCAAUCUCUUCCAGCCGCUGGUUUCAGAUGCUGCGGAUGGAUAUGCCCUUGAUCCAACAGCCUGCUGUGGGCUUUGGAAGCUCCAUCAACUUUGAAGAGGCCGUCUAUGGCCUUCACCAGCCCAGUGCGCCGCCUGUGUCGCCGCUCGAGUCCUCGGAGAAGCGUUUGGGGCUUCGGACG